AUGCCAUGUCACCUCUGUCCACCUCAACCACCGACUGUUUUGCUUCAUGAACCAUUUCCCUCCAUUAAUGAAUCACCUCCAUUAGCUUCCCAUCGUCACCCAACUCUCCAUCCUCGCCACAUAACACCCCAUGUCCCACUCCUAUCCACAUCUCACCCUCAUCCCCUAAUCUGCCAUCCUCUCCCACUACUGCUGCUCAACCGACCCCCACCAGCACUCAUUCCCAAACCGGGCACCCAAUGGUCACUCGUGCAAAAGCUGGGAUUUUUAAGCCCAGGCAUAGAGUUGAUCUCUCUGAAUCUUUAUAUCAUGGUCUCUCUCAUGCGUUACUUGCAUCAGGUAGACACGAUUAAAUUCGAUGAGUCAGCAUACGUGAUGCAUUCUGAUUGGUUGAAAGAUCCGACGUGGAAAUUGGUUGAUUUUGAGUUUGUUCGAUUUCUGUGUGUGUUUUCCUUGAUCGAUCCAGAACAGUUAGCCUUCAGAUCUUAA